GACAGACUGACUGACUGAUAGAAGCAAAAUGUGACAACCACGGCAAACACGACGAUCCAAAUCAUUCUCACAUCACUUCUUGCGGAGGCAUUCCAAUACUGCCAGCGGUCCAGAAGACUUCCCCGGAUUUCAAUUCCCCGGCAUUGUAAUCAGCCUCUUCAUUUCAAAUACGGAUGAUCGGUAGAUGAUGAAAAUCGAGAGCUCAGUAGCUGGCCCGUUGCGGGUGCCCCCCAGCUGGUUUGGGCGCUGGUGGCUGCAGCAUGCCUUCCAUUUCCAAGUCACUCAUCUUUGCUAUCUCUGUCUUGAGUUCCUCUGCACUCCAGUGGUUCGCUAGCUAGCUAGCUAGAUACCGGGAAGAUGGCUAGCUAGCUAGAGGUCACAGUCCUUGGACUGCACCAACAGUCCGCUCACUGCAUGCACAGCAGCCGAUGUCCCAAGUCCCAAGGCGAGAGUUUCCUUCCGAGCCAGCUAAGCUGAAUUUAAAAGAUACUGUUGCCAUGACUGAAAGUCAUCGGAUCUUUCGAUGACAUCGACCUUGCAAGCAAAUUCUUUCGUUCUGUUGACUUGACACCCUUUCUUUUCUUCCGAACUCGACUCUCUAUCAUCUUCCCACACUCUCAUUGCCCAAGUAAGAGGACAACAGUACCGACAAUGAUUCGAUCGCUUCACAUCAACCGGUUGCUUCCAACAAGUUUUCGAGUCGGUGCUGUCGCACCAGGCCCCGCACACCCUCCCGUUGCUAAAAGGCCUCAAUUCUGCUACCGGUACAAUAAUGCUACUACCACUCGACGAUGGAUCGCCACAAAUGAUAUUACUGCUUCUGGUAAGCAGAUAAUACUGGAUCACCAAGCUCAUGAAAACGAUCCGAAUGCUAUUGUCACCACAAUAACCCUCAAUCGACCCAAAGCCAACGCCAUGGGAUCCAUAAUGCUGAAAGAAUUUCAAGAUUGUCUCGCGGACCUCGAAGACACUGACACCCAAAAAACUAGGUGUGUCGUCUUGACAUCCUACUCCCACAAGGUCUUUUCAGCAGGUGCCGAUUUGAAGGAGCGAGCGACCAUGACACAGGGCGAGGCAGCAGACUUUGUCACCAAUUUACGCAAUACCAUGGAACGCAUGGCGCAGUUGCCCAUUCCCGUCAUUGCCGCUGUCGAGGGGGUGGCCGUGGGCGGUGGGUUGGAAAUUUGCUUGGCGGCCGAUAUUCGAAUCGCCUCGGGCACGGCCUCCUUUGGGUUGCCCGAAACUUCCUUGGCCAUUAUCCCUGGAGCGGGUGGGACCCAACGAUUGCCACGGCUACUAGGCAGUGUGGCCCGAGCCAAGGAACUCAUUUGGACGGGACGGCGAAUUUCCGCACAAGAAGCCUACGAGUAUGGCUUGGUACAGCAUGUGGUGGAUCCAGAAAAGGCACUGGAAAAAGCCAUGGAAUUGUCCUGGAAGAUUGCUCUGAACGGUCCAGUUGCCAUUCGAGCUUCCAAACAGGCAAUUGAGGAAGGUAUGGCGGCAACAGAUAUGAAGGAAGCACUGGAGAUUGAACGACAAAAUUAUGCCAAAGUCUUGCCAACUGACGAUAGGCUGGAAGGACUGUCGGCUUUCAAGGAGGGCAGGACUCCAGAGUACAAGGGGCAAUAAAAAGCACUGCAAGAAUUUGUUGGUCGGAUUUGGUUGUCAACCUACAAUCCUGACGUGAAACACUAUGUAAUACUAGCUAGUAACACUCAAUUGUUUCUACCG